ACCUUGCAGUUGCUUCUGGAAUUCAUCGAUGGCUGCAACAAUCGCACGCAGCUUCUCUCCCGCCAUAACUCUUCCUCCCUUUCCCAAAUUUACCCCUCGAAAACCACCUAAUUGACUAAUUCUCUUCUAUGUGCCAACUUCUUCAAGCCAGUUGCUGUGUCCAAGCCAAAUCCUACCCUUGAACUCUCCAGGCUGAAACUUACUCAUGCAACUGCAGUGGCGCAAAAGCCUGCAUCUUGGGCUUGGGCGAUUUCUGCUUGUGAUUCUGGGGCAUAACCAGAAGCAGAAGCGAGUGAUUUGAAAAGGUAAUGAUUUAAAUAUAGUCUAGAGGGGGAAAUAGUGUAAUGGCCAGAAGAAAUCAAAAUUGUGAAUGUAAUUAUGAAUUUGGUUGUGAUGGUGUGUCCAUGAUCAAAACUAAACAUGCUUUUGGACGUAAAAGGAAAGGUUGGGAUUGUCUAUCUUCAGGAAAUUGCUUGAUAUACCCUUUUCUGAUUAAUAAAAAGAAAUCACUUUGGAAUUUAUGCAAGUAGUUAAAUCAGCUGUGUGAGUUACUGACAAAUGAUGGAUUUUGGUGGAGUGGAUGCACUUUGCUAUAUAACUUACGUCCUUUCAAUGACAAAAAGGAGAAAAUACUCAAUCUAAUGCAUUAUGCCAAACUUAAGAGUAGUUGCAACUUUUGGAAGAAAGUAGUUCUAUUAAUUUUUCAGCAUUCUUACAUUUUGGGGAUAAUGGUAAAGAAAUGGGUUGUUGGAACUCAAUUUUCCCCUUUUAUGGCCUUCGAAUGGAUUUAUUGAUCAAAGAAGUUUUGGAAGAAUUCUUCUUACUUCUUGGCUGGGGAAAGGUGGUUUAUAAUUGAUUCUAUUGUUAGAGACAGAGUAACAUAUACAUUCUCGUUCUUUCGUAUGAUCCCUUUGCAGGAUGCAACUAGUGACAUAGAACUGCCUAGAAGAAGUUUGUUAGUUGAAUUUACUUGUGAUGAGUGUGGUGAAACCGUGAAAGAACAAGGAGGCUCAUCAAUCGAUUGGCCUAUAAACGCGGACUUGUUUAUGUAAAUGUUUUUCUGCAGGAUGUGAACAGUAUCACAAAUUAGUUGACAAUCUUGGAAUUGUGGUUGAGUAUGACUUACACGAGGAAAUUCAUAAAGAUGAAGCCUGAUA